GGAGCGAGCUCGAUUUUCCUCACAGAUCGUGAUGGUGUAAUAGUUUUGAGCGUAGGUGAAGAGCUGCGAUCUAGAGCUUCUCUGAUAUCAAGUCUGCAAGCAACGCAAGACCAAACAGGAAAACUUGUGAUGGGAACCCACCAUGCAUCUGCCUUCUUCUAUGAGAAUAGCCAACUGAUCAUCUUGAAUGUGCCGCCGUUAACAGCUUUUGUUGUUGCCACACCAUCAGCGAAUACAGGCAUGCUGUUUAAAUUACGAGAGCAGUUAGCACCCAUUGUGCAAGAAGUCGAAGGUGUUGUUCCCGAUAUGCCAAGCUGUGAGUUUUUGCUGAAAGCGUUAAUCCAUUUUUAUUGGUAA